UGGAGGUGGGCUGCAUGCACGUAACUGGAAUGCUUUGCUUUCUCCCUCACUCCUCCUCGGUGAGGGAGAAGUGAUCUGACACAGUGAAAGCUCCUACAAUAGCUGCUGCUGCUUCUUCCGCUGCCUGUCCGUGGGAUCUGAAGCGGAGGGCUUUUAUAACAUUAGUGGAAUUACAGCUGUUCUGCAUUUAUAAAUGGAAUGUCUUUAUAUCUUUUCUACUUCCGUCUACUGGAAAUGAAGUGAUUGAGUGAAAUUUCAAAAGGGAAUUCCUCUGAGCUUAGCAUAUUUCUGUUUCUUCAAGAAGAAAAUCUUCUUUAUUAAAACACAAAAGCACAUCUAAGACAAGUGAGCACUUGCAUUUACAGACAGAAUGAGAAAAUAUUUUGAGAUGAACAUUCUGAUCAAGUACUAAGUGAAUGGACCAGCCCAGCAGGCAUGGAUUUAUCAAGAUACAUCUACUUUUCAAAGUUAAUAAUUGGAUGAUUUUGGACAAAGUUCAUGUUCCUCAAUCUACUGAAGAAACCAUCAUAAUUCAAAGCCUAGCAUCAUGAAUGGUUUUGAACACAUGGAGCUGAAGUUACUAUCUCUAGUCAUGACACCAUGUAGAAGAGUUCCUAAGAAUUACAAAGAAAGCAAUUUUUUUUAAGGGCAUUAAAACUAGACAAAAGAGGUUCUUCACAAAGAGACUUUAAAAAAAACAGAAGAGAAACUCCCACCCUCUUCUUCAAAGUCUCAUUCCUGCAGAGUAAAGGAAUCUGAAGCUUUUAUCCUUAACAACUCGAUGUGCUUAUAUACCUUGAUAAAACUUUAUGGGAAUGUUCACUAAAUAUAGUGGGGAUCACCAGAAAGAUAUUCUACCCAGAAGGAUCACUUGAGUUUCUACUGUUAAGGAAGUACAGCUACAUGAGCAAAAGCAUACACUUCUACCCACUCUUGGAAAAUUGUAUGCUCACUGGAUCUUAGCAAGCACAAACGUUUGCCUUGCAUAUUUAAAUAAGGUUGCUGAAAACCAAACACUAGUCUGUCUGCAGAUCUCACUGCAACUUGACCAUGAUCAGCAUAACCUGGAACUUCAUCCUAAUUUGGACAAAGAUAGGGCUGUUGCUCAAAAUGGCACCUCACUCAGUCAGUGCCAAGUCAUGCCCUUCAGUGUGCCGCUGUGACGCAGGUUUCAUUUACUGCAACGAUCGUGAUUUGACAUCAAUUCCAACGGGGAUUCCAGAGGAUGCUACAACUCUUUACCUUCAGAACAAUCAAAUAAAUAAUGCAGGAAUUCCUUCUGAGCUAAAAACCUUAGUCAAAGUGGAGCGAAUUUAUUUAUACCACAACAGCUUGGACGAAUUCCCUACUAACCUCCCAAAGUAUGUCAAAGAACUGCAUUUGCAGGAAAAUAACAUAAGGACAAUUACUUAUGAUUCACUUUCACAAAUUCCUUAUCUGGAAGAACUGCAUUUGGAUGAUAAUUCUGUUUCUGCAGUUAGUAUUGAAGAUGGAGCCUUCCGGGAUAAUAUCUAUCUCAGACUUCUUUUUCUUUCUCGAAAUCACCUUAGCACCAUUCCCUGGGGCUUGCCUAAAACAAUAGAAGAGCUACGCUUGGAUGAUAAUCGUAUUUCUACAAUUUCAGAGCUGUCCCUUCAAGACCUUACAAAUCUUAAACGUCUAGUUUUAGAUGGAAAUCUCUUAAGCAAUCAUGGAUUAGGAGAGCAAGUUUUCAUGAACCUAGUCAAUCUAACAGAACUCUCAUUGGUCCGUAAUUCCCUCACAGCAGCUCCAAUAAAUUUGCCAGGCACAAAUCUGAGAAAGCUUUAUCUGCAAGAAAACCACAUAAAUCAUGUAUCAGCCAAUGCUUUUGCAUACCUACGGCAGUUGUAUCGACUAGAUAUGUCCAAUAACAAUCUCAGUAAUUUACCUCAGGGUGUCUUUGAUGACCUGGACAAUAUAACUCAGUUGUUUCUUCGCAACAACCCCUGGCACUGUGGGUGCAAAAUGAAAUGGGUCCGUGACUGGUUGCAGACACUGCCUGCCAAAGUGAAUGUGCGUGGACUGAUGUGCCAAGCACCAGAAAAAGUGCGUGGGAUGGCUAUCAAGGACCUUAAUGCCGAGCUCUUUGAUUGCAAAAAUGAGGAUAUUGUAAGCACUGUUGAAAUUACUGCUUCAAUACCAAACACUUUAUAUCCUGUGCAAGGACACUGGCCAGUUUCUGUGACCAAACCACCUGAAAUAAAGACGCCUAAUCUGCGUAAGAACUACAGAACAACUGCUACUCCAGUGCAGGAAGUCAUUACCAUCGUUGUAAAGUCUGUCAGCACGGAGACUAUUCAUAUUUCUUGGAAAGUUGCACUACCAAUGACUGCUUUAAGACUCAGUUGGCUCAAGAUGGGUCACAGUCCUGCCUUUGGAUCUAUAACUGAAACAAUUGUUACAGGAGACCGGAAUGACUAUCUGCUUACAGCUCUUGAGCCAGACUCACCAUACCGUGUAUGCAUGGUUCCCAUGGAAACCAGUAACCUCUAUCUGUCUGAUGAAACCCCUGUUUGCAUAGAGACUGAAACGGCGCCCCUUAAAAUGUACAAUCCUACAACAACCCUAAACCAUGAACAAGAGAAAGAACCAUUCAAAAAUUCUAAUUUGCCCUUAGCUGCCAUCAUAGGGGGUGCUGUGGCACUAGUAGCUAUAGCAUUGCUUGCUUUAGUCUGCUGGUAUGUCCAUAGGAAUGGGUCCUUGUUCUCAAGAAACUGUACAUACAGCAAAGGACGAAGGAGAAAAGAUGAUUAUGCUGAAGCUGGAACUAAGAAGGACAAUUCCAUCCUAGAAAUCAGGGAGACUUCAUUUCAGAUGAUUUCUCUGAACAAUGAACAAGUAUCCAAGGAGGAGUUUGUAAUACAUACCAUAUUCCCACCUAAUGGAAUGAAUCUGUAUAAAAACAACCACAGUGAAAGCAGCAGUAACAGAAGCUACAGAGAUAGUGGUAUACCGGAUUCAGAUCACUCACAUUCAUGAUACUAAAGAAAAUGAAAGACUUUGGGUUGUUUUUUCUUACAAAGAAAUUUGACUUUUAAAAGGUUGCUGGUCUACUGCAGAACACUGGAUUAAGAGACUGAAUAAGCAAUGUAUUGUACAUUUGCCAUAUAAUUUAUAUUUAAGAACUUUUUAUUAAAAGUUUAAAAUUUCAGGUUACUGCUGCGAUUAAUGUAGCAAGGAUGUCUGAAAACAAUUCUAUAUUUUAGUACUUUUUAGUAAUUUGUACUGUAUUUUCCUUGCUAAUAUUGAAAUUACAGACCAUUUAACUUUUGUGUUCUACUGAGUAAGAUGACUUGUUGACUGUGAAAGUGAAUUCUCUUGCUGUGUUGAACAAUCAGGACUUUGCAUACAUUUGAGAUCCUUGUAAGUAUAAGCACAGGCCAUUAUCACUUUGGUAUUCAGAAAAGGUUAUAAACCUGGCAAAUCAAGGAUAUUCAGAAGUGGCUGCAAAAUUGAUCAAAUUAUAAUCCUGGGUAUAUUAAACCUAUAAAAAGACUAAAAUUUAGUAAGCCAGAUAUGUGAAGUAGUGGGCAAUAAAGAUGAAGUGUGCCGUUGAGUCGGUGUUGACUCCUGGCAACUACAGAGCCCUUUGGUUGUUUUUGGUAGAAUACAGGACGGGUUUACCAUUGCCUCCUCCUACUGCACCAUACCGGUCAUUAUAUAACAAUUUUUAUGAGUAAAACUAGUAUCUGUCAGAGACUGCAGCAGAUGGCUGAAAUCUAGACAAAAAGGCAGCUGAAAUAAGAAUGCAGGCAGACACUACUGCCCCAAAUAUCAAAAAGGAGGCUUAGUGUCUAAUGGUUAGUUGUGUUUUUAUGGAAAGCAGGAAAUCUAAGACUUUCCUAAACAAGUGUGUCCAAAACUUUAAAAACAACCACCCAACUACACUAUAUGAGAACUUGCAUAAUAAGAAUGAGGUGUGUGUUUUUUCCAAUUAUGAAAGCAUUUGCUAAAUAUGUACUAAAAAUAUGACAUAUACUAAAUCCACUUCUACUGCAGUCAAAAAUAUUGCCCAUUACUGUCAUGGUUAGCCAGAAAUUACUGAAAAACCAUAAAAGUGAAGAUACUUUGAUCUGGCUUUCUACUUAGUUGUGAUCUAUUUAAUGUUUAAUACCCAAGACACUUUGUUGCCAUAACUAUUUCCCCCCCAAAUGAAAACCAAAGUGCAUUGUACGCCCUUUGGCCAGUCUUGUAUGUGCCUUGAUAAAAAGUUACAUGUGUUCCACUUUUAACUAGGAACAAACUUUUCACACACAUACACUUAAUUAUGGAACAAUAUUGGUCUUAAUGCUGAAUAAAAUACAAAAUGAAGUACAGGUAA